UCCUUCCUCCUGCCCCUGCAGGACAGCCAUGGAGUGGCUCUGGAUGUCUCUGCUGCUGGUGGCCUCUUGUACCUCCACUGUCCAGGGCUCACGAGAGGUGGACGUCAAGGAGGCCAGCAUCAACACGUCCCAGCCCUUGCACAUCCUGGUGGAACACAACCUGCUGGUGCUCACACCUGCCGGCCUGACCCACAGGCUGAACCAGACCCGCUUCCUCAUGGUGCUUUUCUACAUCCCAUCCUCGAAGCAAUCCAGGAACAUGGCUGAGGAGCUGGGCAAGGCUGCGGAGAUCAUGGGCAAAGGCAAGAAUGGGGUCGGCUUUGGCAAAGUGGACAUCACCAUCGAGAAAGAACUUCAGAAGGAGUUUGACAUUAAGAAGACCCCAGAUUUGAAGCUGUUUUUUGAGGGGAACAGAUCAGAGCCCAUCAGCUGCAAAGGUAAUUGUACGUGGGCAUCAGUCAAGAAACAUCAAUCCAGUGACGAGAUUCCAAAAUUUUGGGACCAAGGGCCAGUUAAGCAGCUUGUUGGGAAGAAUUUCAAUGUCGUCGUCUUUGACAAGGAGAGGGAUGUAUUUGUGAUGUUCUAUGCACCCUGGUCUCAAAAGUGCAGGGCGCUAUUACCAGUGUUGGAGGAGUUGGGCAGAAAAUAUCAAAACCACUCCACAGUCUCCAUCGCCAAGAUCGACAUCACGGCAAAUGAUAUUCAGCUGAUGAAGCUGGACUGGUACCCCUUCUUCAGGCUCUUCCCCACCGACUCUCAAAAAGUUGUACCAUAUAAGGGAGAAUACACCAUGAAGGGCUUUUCAGACUUUCUGGAAAGUCAAAUCAAGACCAGGAUUGAGGAUGAAGAUGAGCUAUUGUCUAUUGAGCAAAGUGCGGUGAUAGAAGAGGAGGUAUUAGCUGAGGAAGAAGAGGUACCUUUUAUGGAGAAAGAGUUACCUGAGCAGAAGUUGACUGAGCUGGAGAAUGGGACCAAGCCAGAAUACCCAGCUGGGCAGAAAGAAAUAGCUGAGAAGGAGAGGAAAGUGGCUAAGCCAAAAGGACCUCCAAGACAAGAGAAGAAACCAAGAGUCAAGGAAGAACUGUAGCUUCUCCAAAGCCAGGAGGGAAGGUGCCCAUCUUCUAGGUCCUGGCAUCAUUUUCUGAGGUGAUCUACUCCAAUAAAAUUAUUUAUCAUUGUGGUGGGUGGGUAGGGGCUGGAUAAUAAAAGCCCCUGAGUGUCUUCGAUCCUGUUUUACUCAUUCCCACUUUUUCCUGGUUGGUGCUGCCUUAGAAGAGCUGUUUGGCUUGGAAUUCAGACAUGGCUGCAAGGGAAGCCAUAGUAGGCACAUCUGAUGAGUGUUUACAAUAGGCUGUGCAUUCAUCUAGUUCUCGCAACAUCACUGGGAGAUAGGUUUCAUU